CCAUUUUUCACAAAUGUAUAAUCCACUGCACGCAUAUAUAUAAAUAAUUGCCAAAAUCAAUCUUUCCGGAGCCUUCUAAGCUGUUAUCUCCCGAGGUUUCGUGGCGUUGUAAUCUCGCUGCCUUAGUUGAACAGCACUCCAAUUUGCAGCGUGUCGGAUAUUUAUUUAUUCGUGUGAAAAAGGAUUGGCUGGUUUUGAGGUGAAUUGAAAUUUGAAACCCUGAUUCUUGAAAUUUGUCGACAAGAUUGAAUUUGUGAGAGGAUACACUGAGAAAUGGCAGCUGGGGAAGGGAGAAAUUGUGAUUUCUACGGUGUGAUGGGGCUGAAGAAAGAAUGCACGCCAACUGAACUGAGAAAUGCCUACAAGAAACUUGCAUUGAAAUGGCAUCCGGAUCGUUGCAGUGCUUCUGCGAAUCACAAGUUUGUGGAAGAGGCUAAGAAAAAAUUUCAAGAUAUUCAGCAGGCAUAUUCAGUUCUUUCGGAUUCGAACAAAAGGUUUCUGUACGAUGUAGGCGUCUAUAACAGCGAUGACGAUGAUGACGAAGAUGGCAUGGGUGAUUUCUUGAGUGAAAUGGCAGCAAUGAUGAAUCAAAAUAAGUCAAAUGAAAGAAAUGAGAGUUUUGAAGAUCUGCAAGUUCUAUUUCAUGACAUAUUCCAGAGUGACGCGGAUAUCUUGGACUCUUCUUCUGGUGCAAACACGCGAGCCUCGUCCAGUGAGGCAUCAAGCAACACGAACAAGAGAAGCUGCUCCGAGAUGAGCUCUCGAAAGUUCACCACCGAAUCCACCCAGCUUGGGGGAUUCUGCGUAAGGGCGGAGCAUCAACAAAAUGCAGGUGGAGAAACGAUGGCGAGAGGUAGCAGCAGGCGGGAUGGGGGGAAGCAGAAGAUCUCGACUGGCCACGAUGUCUCGUCUAGAGGUAUAUCUGCGUAGAUAUGCUGCAACUCGAAGCUCUAACAUUUGGCUUAUCCUACAUAUGUAUACUCAACAAAAUCGAAAUUGGAAUUGAAGCUGGGAUUUGCUAUGAGUCUCUUGGCAUAUAUUGUUACUUGUAUUUGUGUAUGGAAACAUGUUUUCAUAUGUAAUGAUGUUAAAGCUUUCUUCA